UGUCCCUGCAAGGCGAGUUCCAGAGGAAGCUCUACAAGGAGCUGGUGAAGAACUACAACCCCUUGGAGAGGCCGGUGGCCAACGACUCGCAGCCGCUCACCGUGUACUUCUCCCUGAGCCUCCUGCAGAUCAUGGACGUGGAUGAGAAGAACCAAGUUCUAACCACCAACAUUUGGCUACAAAUGUCUUGGACAGAUCACUAUUUGCAGUGGAAUAUGUCAGAAUAUCCAGGCGUGAAGACUCUCCGCUUUCCAGAUGGCCAGAUUUGGAAACCAGACAUUCUUCUCUACAACAGCGCUGACGAGCGGUUUGAUGCCACGUUCCACACCAACGUCCUGGUGAAUUCUUCUGGCCAUUGCCAGUACCUGCCCCCAGGCAUCUUCAAGAGCACCUGCUACAUCGAUGUGCGCUGGUUCCCCUUUGAUGUGCAGCAGUGCAAGCUGAAGUUUGGGUCCUGGUCUUACGGAGGAUGGUCCCUGGACCUCCAGAUGCAGGAGGCAGAUAUCAGCAGCUACAUCCCCAAUGGAGAAUGGGACCUUGUGGGGGUCCCUGGGAAGAGGAGUGAGAAGUUCUACGAGUGUUGCAAAGAGCCGUACCCAGACGUCACGUACACGGUGACCAUGCGCCGCAGGACGCUGUACUACGGGCUCAACCUGCUCAUCCCUUGUGUGCUCAUCUCAGCCCUGGCCCUGCUGGUGUUUCUGCUCCCCGCUGACUCCGGGGAGAAAAUCUCCCUUGGGAUUACAGUGUUACUCUCGCUCACUGUGUUCAUGCUGCUUGUGGCCGAGAUCAUGCCUGCAACAUCUGACUCAGUUCCACUGAUAGCUCAGUACUUUGCCAGCACUAUGAUCAUCGUGGGCCUCUCAGUUGUGGUGACAGUGAUCGUGCUGCAGUACCACCAUCACGACCCCGACGGAGGCAAGAUGCCCAAGUGGACCAGAGUCAUCCUGCUGAACUGGUGCGCGUGGUUCCUGCGCAUGAAGAGGCCGGGGGAGGACAAGGUCCGGCCCGCUUGCCAGCACAAGCCGCGCCGCUGCAGCCUCGCCAGCAUGGAGCUGAGCGCUGGGCCAGCGCCUCCGGCCAGCAACGGCAACCUGCUGUACAUCGGCUUCCGUGGCCUGGAGGGUGUGCACUGCGCCCCCACCCCAGACUCAGGGGUCGUGUGCGGCCGCAUGGCCUGCUCCCCCACGCACGACGAGCACCUGCUGCACACCGGCCAGCACCCUGAGGGGGACCCAGACCUGGCCAAGAUCCUGGAGGAGGUCCGCUACAUCGCCAACCGCUUCCGCUGCCAGGAUGAGAGCGAGGCCGUGUGCAGCGAGUGGAAGUUCGCGGCCUGCGUGGUGGACCGCCUGUGCCUCAUGGCCUUCUCGGUCUUUACCAUCAUCUGCACCAUCGGCAUCCUCAUGUCCGCUCCAAACUUUGUGGAGGCUGUGUCUAAAGACUUCGCCUGAUGUCAGCAGGCUGCACACAUAGGAGCCACAGAGAGAGAGGCGGGCCUGUUGGGUGCGUGAGAAUUCGGGGUGCUGCCCCAAUAGCAGCGUUAAUGGGAUGACUCCGUGUGUCUUGUGAUGGACCAUCCUGAUGGCUACAGUUUUCUUGUUGUUUCAGUAACAGCAUCUGAGCAGCUUUCUCUUUAAUCCCUUUCUCACUCACACGUACCAUGGCACACCCUUACAGUCAGCGGGGCCAUUAAACGGCCACUUCGCCCGUCUGACCACUUUCUGGAGAGCCCUGCAAGGAGGUUUCUGUAGCUCCAGACUGCCAGGGAAGGCCGCACCGUUGGGUCUGCAUGCUUGCAUGCCACUUGCCAGUAAGGCCCACGUGGAGACACACUGUAUGCUUUUUGCCUGUGUACAAACCUAGACUGAAACAAAUAAUGAACCACACUCACUAAAUCCAUUUCAGCAAUUGACUUGUAAAAAGAAAAAUAACAGCAAAGAACUAGAAGCUUAACUGUUAUUUUUCUGCAAUUCAACUUUUUCUCUCCUCUACCAAGCAUAGUUGGUAGAGAAAACAGUUUUUUGUCAUUGCUAUCUGAGAGAAUUGUUCAUUCUGUAAACCCACAUCUAUCAAGGGCUGCAGGGCCUCAGUUCUAAACCAGGACCAGCCCCAGCAGCAUACGUAUGUGUGGGGUAGUGUGAGCCGUGUCCCCUUAGUUCCCAGAUAACUCCCAGGCUUCUUGUGUUGCCCUAGACAUGGAGGAGUUAAGCAAAUCUGUUGUGUUCUGCAGAGGACAAAGAGAGAUCUACGAGAAUUACCAGGCCCGAGGAAUAACAAAAAUUAACUUCAGCCACUCAUGUGGUUUUUGGAAAGCGUGCACUAGGUGCUUCAUGUGGAUUAGAGCCGAUUAGUCUUAGGAAUGUGUCCAUCCGUAUAAAUGUAUACACUAAACGUGUUCCCUGGCUUUUCCUCCAUGCGGGGCCAGGAGUUAGGGACCGGAACCUGUCUGGGCCCCCUCAUGGCAGGGACUGGGGAGGCAUGGUGCAGCUGCUGGCUUUCCUAGACGCGGGACCAGUGGCAGUCAGCAGGCAGACCUCCAGAGGCUGCACGGCCGAAUCCCAGUUUGUAGCUUUUCUGUCUGCUCCCAGCUUGUUCAUCCCAGCGGCAGCCAAGAAAGUGGGCUUGGGUUCAAUGGGAGGAUUCAUUGGAGAUGUUUAAUUUUAAAAUCUAAUGCUCCACUUCGGUUAUCUAGACGGAAGUCAUUUUGCCUCUCUCCAUUCUUAUUUUUAAUGAGGUCAGAGGGUAGUGCAUGCAUCUCUUCAGUUUUUAGACUGCAGAGCUAUACAAGGCUUUAAGCUCCUGGAGUUCCUUAGUCUGUUCCUGACCCUUGAGAUGGGCUCAUCAUGAGGAAAGAUUAGAUUUUUCAGAGCAAAAUAAAACACUUAUAAACACUUUCCCAGCCACCCAUUUCACUCUUUUCUGGGUAAUGCCCAUGAAUUCACUUGUGCUGGAGGAAGAUGAAGGCUUGGGUGUGCACGUGUGUAUGCGUGUGUGCAUGCGUGUGCACAGGUGCCUGCGUGUGUGAACUAGGAGCACAGACGUUGCUUACAACAACAAGGUUGAUAAAGCAGGAAUUUUGUAGCAUCGAGCCACGUGGGACGAGGUCAUCCUCAGAGUCUACCCACUCUACAUGGACUAGAUAAAUGAUGCAUGAAAUUUCCUGGGGUUGUUUCUUUCUGUUUAAGCAUCUUUAGAAACAAAAAGAAGUGUUUUGCUAUGUAAAGAGAAUGCUUCACUUCUUAUUGUUAACCCCAAAUUGACCCCUACCACAUUUUUUGCUUUAAGAAAGAGGAAAUCUUUUUGGUUUUGUAUUUUAUAUGGAAAAACAUAAAAGGCAAAUAAAAAUAGUUCAUGUUUUGACCA